AUGAGCACAGAGGAGGGAGAGGCGGGGGAGGCCAGGGGGGGCACUGCCGUCGCCCACCGCCUCACCUGGGAAGAGGAGAAGGAGGAGGAGAAGGAGGAGGAGGAGAGCGGACCGCAAGGACGUCCGCGCCCCGAGGAGCUGGACGCGGCGGAGGAGCGCGCAGAGGAGGCGCAGGAGGCAGAGGAGGAGGGCCGGGGUGACGGGGGCGCAUGUGGGGAAUUCAGCGUGGACAACACCACGGGGGGGGAUUUUUCGGCUGAGGAAGGGGCGGUGGGGGGCACAUCGGUCAAGGCGAUGCAUUCGAACUGCAGCAGUGACACGUGCAUCCCCACUCCCAGCUGCAGGAUCUGCUUCCAGGGAGCCGAGCAGGGCGACCUGCUGAACCCAUGUCGUUGUGACGGUUCGGUGCGUUACACCCACCAGCACUGUCUGCUGAAGUGGAUCAGUGAGCGCGGCUGCUGGACAUGUGAACUCUGCUGUUAUCGCUUCCAUGUCAUCGCCAUCAACAUGAAGAGGCCGUGGCAGUGGCAGUCCAUCACCAUCACUCUGGUGGAGAAGGUGCAGAUCAUCGCUGUGUUCCUGGGUUCGCUCUUCCUCGUUGCCAGUAUCUCGUGGUUGCUGUGGUCGGCGCUCAGUCCACAGGCCGUCUGGCAACGCCGCGACGUCCUCUUCCAGAUCUGCUACGGCAUGUACGGCUUCAUGGACCUGGUCUGCGUAGGGCUGAUCGUCCACGAGGGGGCGGCGGUCUACAACGUCUUCAUGCGCUGGCGGGCCGUCAACCUGCACUGGGACGUGCAGAGCUACGACAAGGCCAAGGACAUGGAGGACACCAGCACCGGACACUCGGCGCUGGCCCCCCGGACGCUGUGGUUGCCGCUGGUUACCUUGGGGCCCGCCGGCCCCUUGCACCCCACCCAGCUGGGGCCCCGGCCCUGGACCUGCCUCUGCUUGGCCCCCUUCUGCCCCGGCCUGGAGCCCCGGAACAACCUGAGCCAGGACAGUGACUCAGAGGUGGUCAUCCGAGUGACGUCGGUCUAACACCAGGACGGAUUCAUACAGGGAUCGAACAUCUGAGGGGGGUCC